AUGAGGUACAGAAGGGAGCGUUAUUACAAGGCCCAGUUAAGGCAGCCCAAUGGCAAACCGGGGGAACUCGGAGAGCCUGUCUACCUAAAUGAAGAAGAACAAACGAAAGCUGAUAGCCUCUUCAGUAAGGAGACAUUCAAUGUAAUAGUUAGCAACAAGAUUGCCAUGGACCGGACUCUAAGAGACGCCAGGCCGAACGAGUGCAAAUCCCAAACUUACCCGACAAAGCUCCCGAACGCGAGUGUCGUCAUCGUCUUCUGUAACGAAGCACCCAGUGCUCUUCUAAGGACUGUUCAUAGCGUUGUUAAUAGGUCGCCUCCGAAUUAUCUUCACGAAGUUAUCCUCGUUGAUGACGCCAGCGAGAGACCGGAAGUUGGGCCGGAAUUGGAUGAGUAUGUUUCUAGAGUUUGGCCUGACGGUCUGGUGAAGAUAAUUCGAUCGAAGGAGAGAUUAGGACUGAUUAGGGGAAAAAUGAAGGGGGCUAGGGCGGCCACUGGGGAUGUGCUGAUUUUCUUAGAUGCUCAUUGUGAGGCCACGUUCAUGUGGAUCGAACCAAUCCUAACACGGAUAUCUCAGGAUCGGACGAUUGUAAUCUGUCCCAUGAUAGAUUCCAUCAGCGACAAGACGCUGCAGUAUUUUUACGGGGGUGGUGUGGCCGUCGGUGGCUUCACGUGGUCCCUACAUUUUACGUGGAGAGGCGUCCCUGAAAGAGAAAUGAAGACGAGAAAGAGUUCUGCCGAUCCUGUCAGAUCUCCAACGAUGGCUGGCGGGUUGUUUGCAGUGGACAGGUCGUACUUUUUUGAACUCGGGGGCUACGACCCAGGGAUGGACGUAUGGGGGGGCGAAAAUCUGGAAAUCUCGUUUAGGACAUGGAUGUGUGGUGGUUCUCUGGAGUUCCUUCCAUGUUCUCGUGUUGGCCAUAUAUUCCGGGCGGCACAUCCCUACUCAUUUUUACAAAAAGACACACAUGGUUUGAACUCGAAAAGGCUGGCCGAAGUUUGGAUGGAUGACUAUAAGAGGCUGUACUAUAUUCAUAGGUCUGAUUUAAUGGACAAAGACGCUGGGGACUAUAGCGACCGUGUGCAGCUUCGCAAGCGUUUGAACUGCAAGUCCUUCAAAUGGUACCUCGACAACGUCUACCCUGAGAAGUUCAUUCUUGACGAGGGUGUUCGAGCUUAUGGCAUGGUGCAGAAUCCUGCCACUGGUCUAUGUUUAGAUACUCUUGGAAAGGAUGAAAAGAGUCAGUUCAAUCUCGGAGUGUUCUCAUGCCAGGGUGGAAAGAGCAGCAGUGAGGUCUUCUCCUACACGAAAACGAACGAACUGAGACGGGAAGAUUUAUGUGUAGACGCCAUCGGCAGGGCAGAUGUCUCCGUCACCUUGACCUUCUGCCACGGUCACAAGGGCAACCAGGAAUGGAUCUAUGACAAGGCAACUAAACAGAUCAAACAUUACACGUUGACCGUCUGCUUGGACGCCAGGGACCUGAAAAAUAGCGAUACCGUUAAACUUCAGCAAUGCGACGACAGCUCCAUCACUCAGAAGUGGACACUGGAAAAAGAGCUAGACAUGAAUUAAUUCAUUUGUGAAUUAAUUCAUUCGUUUAUUUUUUCAUUCUUUCGUUCGUUCCUUCCUUCGUGCAUCUGUUCAAUCCUUCGUUCAUUAGUUUAUUUCGUCAUUUGUUUGUUUAUUCAUUCAUUUACUCUUUGAUCUAUUGACCCACUCGUUCGUUCAGUUAUUCGUUUACAUUUCUUCAUUCAAUCAUUUAUUCAUUCCUGCAAUCAUUCCUUCGUUUCUGCGUUCACUCAUUCAUUUGUUCGUUCGUUCGUUAUUUCGUUCGUUCAUUAAUUGAAAGCUGGUUGUGCAUACUUGAAUUAGUUGAGUUUAUUUUAUAGAUAGGCUAUUUCACGAGUGAAUG